CAUUUUAGUCUUCGUCUCGUCAAAAGCCUCACUCUGCACGCAUUACGCGUCAUCCAUACACACUCUCUCUGUGUUUGUAUUUUUCUCUCUCUUUCGCUUUCUUAUAAAACCCUCCGCGCGUGACUCUCAAUCUACGGCGAGUUUCUCGUCGAACCUCGCCAUUUCCGGCAUUCCGAUCAUCCUCCACUGACGAUCGGUUGUGAUCCACAGCCAAAAGAUGAGUUCAGGUAAAAACGCAGAGCAGUUGAGUCAUGGAGUGGCAGACAUGAAUCUGAAUUCAGGGCAAGAUGAUGAUGGUGAAUGGGAGGUUUAUGCAAGGAAGCCUAAGAACAGAGCUGGAAGCAGUACUGCAAAACGACCUAUUCAGAAUAAUAAUAAUAAUACUAAUUCUAGAGGAUGGGGAAAUCCGAAUCCAAAUACGGUUCAAAAACAAGGCGCCUGGGGUAAUGGUGGAGGAGCAGGAAGGGGGUCAGGAAAUACCUGGCCAUCACAAACAGGUGAUUCUAGGCGACCUGCUGGAAGGGGAUAUGUUGCGAGGCCCCAAUCUUCCUCCACAAGGGGUUUCGAUAACAACUACAAGCCCCCCCAACAACCUGUAAUCGGGCCUCCAUUGCAGAGUGGAUGGAACUGGCAUUCUGUAGCUGGUUCCGUUCAAUCCAAGGGUUCUGAGGAUGGCCAGCAAAAGGAUGAAUACAGUGAUGGCGAGAAGGAUGAUGAGGACCUCUCUGAUGAAAUUGAUGAUAGUGAUGAUGAUUUACUUAGUGAUGAAUUUGAUUCUGAUGCAAGUGAAAAGAGUCAUAACACUCGGAAGAAGAGCAGUUGGUUCAAGAAGUUUUUUAGCAUUCUGGAUGACUUGUCCAUUGAGGACAUAAACGACCCAGCAAGGCAGUGGCACUGUCCUGCCUGUCAAGGCGGUCCUGGUGCUAUUGACUGGUACCGAGGCUUGCAGCCCCUGAUGACGCACGCCAAAACAAAAGGGUCGAAAAGAGUGAAAAUGCAUAGGGAGUUGGCUGAAAUAUUGGAAGAAGAGUUGCGCCUUAGGGGAACUUCAGUCGUUCCAGCUGGAGAGGCUUUUGGUAGAUGGAAAGGUCUGAAAGAUGACGAGAGAGAUCAUGAAAUAGUCUGGCCUCCCAUGGUUGUAAUCAUGAAUACAAAGCUUGAACAAGACGAGAAAGACAAGUGGGUAGGCAUGGGAAACCAGGAGCUGCUUGACUAUUUUAGCUCAUAUGAUGCUGUUAAGGCGCGACAUGCAUAUGGACCACAGGGGCACCGUGGGAUGAGUCUCCUGAUAUUUGAGGCAUCUGCAAGGGGCUAUUUAGAGGCCGAGCGCCUACACAAGCAUUUUGCUGGGCAAGGAACUGACAGGAAUGCUUGGGAGCGUAACCGUGUCAGGUUUUCAGCAGGUGGCAAUCGCCAGCUUUAUGGCUACAUGGCCGUGAAAGAAGAUUUGGAUAUAUUCAAUGAGCAUACCAAAGAGAAAUCAAAGCUCAAAUAUGAAAUGAGGUCAUAUCAGGAGAUGGUAGUGAAGCAAAUCAGGCAGAUGAGUGAGGACAACCAGCAACUCGUCUAUUUGAAGAACAAAGUUGUGAAGGAACGAAGGCAUUCAAAAACUGUUGAAGAAUCUCUUGAAAUUGUGAGUGAGAAGCUGCGCAAGACACAGGAGGAAAUUCGUAUUGUGAGACAAAGAACCAACAAGCAGCAUGAAGAGAACAAGGAAGAGAUGGACCAGCAAGAACAGUUUUACGAGGAUCAGCUCAAAAUAAUUCGCGAAUCAAGGGAUGAAAAGGAAGAAAAUUUUGAGAGGAUGCAGCAGGAGGAACGUGAGAAGGUGAAGCAAUUAAAUGCUAAUUCAUCAGAUGCAAAGCGCAGGGCGGAAGAAAUUGAAAAAUUCAUCAAGUGUCAAGACAAAGAGAUGGAAGUUUUUGUGUCUCAGAGAGACAGUCUAGUUAAGAUUCAUGAAGAGAAAAUAGCUGCAAUGAAGAAGAGGCACUGGGAGGAAGAAGUAGAGCUGGAAAAAGAGUUCGAUGCUGAACUAGCCCAGCUUAUGUCCCAGUACUCCCCACAGCCCCCUACCAACACUGGCAAUGGUAUCUGACAUGAUAUAAAUUAGUGCAGGUGUGAGUUGAGUACUACUCACAUUUUGCGUAAUAUUUCUUAGAAUUUUGUGAUAAUUAUGACUAUUAACUUUUACCUCGGAUGAAUGAUACUAUCAAAAUAUAUAUACUAGAAGAUAGGAACAGGCAAAAGAAGGUAGCUUAUGGUAGUGUCUGAUGGUUAAUUGCUCCAGUUGUUUUGGUACUGAUGGUUGGAAGGUUAUGAAGUUUGAUCUUUUCUAUAUUAUAGUAUAUGAGUAAUGAGUUGGAAUGUCAAA